AUGUCGUUCAAAAGGUUUAUCCUACUCGGUGUUGCGGCUGUAGCCCUCGCUCUCCCCACAGGCAAGGAUAUCGUGCCUGGGAAAUUCAUUGUAGCGCUCAAGUCAAAGGAUAUUGAUCUUGAUCUCCACGCUCGAUGGGUGUCCGACGUUCAUGGACAGUCUCUAACGCGUCGCGGUGUUGAGUCUGGUGGGAUUGACAAGAAGUUCAAUUUUCCUGGCUUCCAAGGCUACUCUGGCUCAUUUGACGAGGAGACGAUCAAAAUCAUUAAGGCCAAUUCCAGUGUCUUGUACGUGGAACCUGAACAGGUCUUUACCGUAGCAUCGCCGGUUACACAGCAAAGUCCUCCUUGGGGUCUCUCCGCAAUUUCCAACGCCAACCCUCCAUCCUCGAGUGCAUCCUACCAUUACGACUCGACAGCUGGUGCAGGAACGUUUGCCUAUGUCUUGGAUAGUGGCAUCCUCCUCGAGCACCAGGAAUUCCAGGGUCGCGCUGUCUUUGGCGCUGACACGUCAGGUGUGACCAGCGAGAAGAGGCAUGGUACUCUUGUGGCCGCUAUCAUCAACGGCGCUACAUACGGAGUUGCCAAAAAGGCGACUGUUGUAGAUGUGCAGGUUUUAGGCGACGACGGUGGCUCCACCAGUGGUAUCCUGGCUGGUAUUAGCUGGACGGUAAACGACGUUGUGGCUAAGAAGCGUGCUGGAAAGUCCGUCAUCAACAUGAGCUUGUCAGGUGCAUCCUCGACUAUCUUGAACGAUGCGGUGCAGAAAGCUAUCGACGCUGGCAUUAUUGUUGUUGUAGCCGCUGGAAACUCAAACCAGGAUGCCUCAACACUAAGCCCUGCAAACCAACCCAAUGCCAUCACUGUGGCGGCCAGUAAUAACAAAUACCAGCGAUGGACUCAUUCCAAUUGGGGAUCGGUUUGCGACAUCUUUGCCCCGGGUGAAGAUAUUUUAUCCGCGUCUUCCACUUCUGCCUCGGCAUCGCGCACAUCAAGUGGUACAUCGGAGGCUGCUCCUUAUGUUGCGGGUGUCGUUGCUUACCUUUUGGGAUUGGAGGGAUCCCGUACACCGGCUCAGAUUCGGGCUCGGCUCCAAGAACUGGCCAUUAAAGACAAGAUUUCAGAUACCAAGGGGGUCCCAAAUCUGUUGUUGUAUAAUGGAAACGGCAAAUAA